CUCUCUCUCUCUCUCUCUCUCUCUGUGUGUGUCUCUCGAUCACCAUGACCCUUGAGGAAGGACCAGACUCGGACCAAACAACCUACCACCACCAACACCACCACCUCCUAGAUUGGUUAGAGGACUCCAUCUCCUUCAUCCCCUCUUUCCUUGAUGAUCCCUACAGCAACACUGAAUCCAUUGCCGGCUACGAAUGGUGGACUCAGGACCAAGACCAAGCCAACCUCCUCCAGACGGCCCCCUCCACCACCCCCAUAGCCGUCCCCCCCGCCACCACUACUACCACCAUCACUCAGUCGCUUCCACAACCUGAAUUCUCCAAGAAACGGAAGCUGCCCACCAGUCCAAUCACCCCCAACAAGGUUGCAGCUCACGGAAACCAGCGGAGAACCGGGCCUGAUGCUAGCAACGAGGGCAAUGGGAAGUUUGAGGAAGAUGGCGACAUCCCCCAGAAGCCGGCGAGUGGGAGGAAGGGCCAGGGAAAGGGGAAUGGAGGGAAUUCCGGCAGUGGGAACAAGGAGGUGAGGUGGGCCGAGCAUUUGCUCAACCCCUGUGCCACCGCCAUCGAGGCGGCCAACCCCUCGAGAGUCCAGCAUUUAUUAUACGUUCUUGAUGAGCUCGCCUCCCCGUCCGGCGACGCUAACCACCGCCUCGCCGCCUACGGCCUACGCACCCUAACCCACCACCUCUCCUCCACCAGGAUCGCGGCGGCGGUGAACGUUCCCACCCGCGGCGGCGGCCUCGCCGACGACUCCCCGUGUUUCGUUUCGACGGAGCCGAAGCUCUUCCGAUCGGCGCUCAUCAAGUUCCACGACGUCAGCCCCUGGUUCGCCCUCCCGAACUCCCUCGCCAACGCCUCCAUCCUCCAAGCCCUAACCCUAGACUCCAACCAGCGACCGCGGCCCCUCCACCUCCACGUGGUGGACAUCGGCGUCUCCCACGGGGUCCAGUGGCCGACGCUCCUCGAGGCGCUGACCCGCCGCCAGGGAGGCGCCCCGGCCCUCGUCCGCCUCACCGUCGCCGGCGCUGCCGCCCCGCCAGGGCCCUUCUCCGCGGCGCCGCCGGGGUACGACUUCUCCUCCCACCUCCUCCGCUACGCCAAGUCCAUCGACCUUAACCUCCGGAUCGACCAGGCGGACUCCCUCGCGCCACGUUCCCUCUCCCUCGCCAGCGGCGAGAUCCUGGUGGUCUGCGCCCAGUUCCGGAUGGGCCACGGCGGACCGGAUGACCGGAUGGCGUUCCUCCAGUCGGUGAGGGAGCUAAACCCCGACCUGGUGGUGCUGAGCGAGGUCGACGGCGGCCGCGCCGGCGAUGGCGAUGGAAGCUUCCCGGCGGAGUUCGGGAGGAGGGCGGAGUUGCUGUGGAGGUUCCUGGACUCGACGAGCGCGGCGUUCAAGGGGAGGGACUGCGCGGAGAGGCGGGUGGUGGAGGGGGAGGCGGCGAGGGUUUUGGAGGGACGGGGGGUAGCGGAGGGGAGGGAGCGGUGGCGGGAGAGGAUGGUGGGACUAGGGUUCUGGGAUGAAGGCUUCGGGGAAGAGGCGGUGGAGGCGGCGCGGGCACUGCUAAGGAAGUACGACGGGAACUGGGAGAUGAGGCCGGCGGAGGCGGCGGUGGGGCUCUGGUGGAAGGGCCAGCCUGUGUCCUUCUGCUCCCUGUGGAAGCCACACACCGGACGCCAGUGAGAGAUCCAGUGCAACGACCGUAACGGCCGAGAUGGGGCUGCCAACUUUUCACACGAUCCGCGGCAUCGCUGCCGCCCGAUAUGUGGCCCCUCGCUGCCGCCUUGUGUUUGAUAUGAUCCUGGGGAAGAGGACGCCUGAAAUUGAUCUACUCUUCUUGUGGUACGAGAUAGAUGCGAGAUAAAUAAACUGUAAUGCACCCGUGUAUAGUGUCUGCCUUGUAACGAGCUUCAGUGGAAUUUCCAUGAGCUACAGUCUGAUGUAUAAUAUCAAGCCAAGUUUUUGAUGCUAUAGA